AUGGGGACACCUAUUCGCUGCCGUGAUGAGAUGUCUUUCAGCCACCGAUCUGAAUACCAGGGAGUCUGGCGAUACGAGAGAAAGUUUCCCUAUCGGAACUUGACUCUAGCACAACAACAGCUCGUCAACGAACAUGUCCGAUUCCAUCAGAAGGUCAAUCUACGCGCCACUUGCAAGCACUUCUCCAUCCAACCAGCCCUCUACUUCUACAUCAACGGCUUUUACAACAAAAUCUGGAUCCACGGUGUCUCAUCGGAACCGGAAAUGCAGGAGGUAUCAUCCUUGGGCCCACAAGAUGGUAUGAAAGUUCUGGCAUUCCUCUCGGUCCUCGACCUGACACCCGAAGAAUAUUUUGACUUCUAUUCCAACGCCUUCAACCAGCUACUCGACUGUCAACUCAUCCGCUUCAGCUUCAUCUAUUUCUCAGAGAAUGAAUGUCUUCUCUCUCUUCCAAUCAUCCACAAACUCGUCCUCCAUAUCCUCAAUUCGAGAAAACGAGAGACGGGUGAUGGUCGACGGCUUAUCGUUCUCGAUACACAACUUGCCCUGCCAGCUGAGGAGGGUCGAUACAUUCCGAAGACGUCAGUCAAUUGGAGAGCAGACAACGAAAUGAUGCUGCAGAAGCUGAGCGAUGAACUGAACGAGAUAUCGAUUGACCAUCCAAUUCUAACCUCUCAGCUCUACAAUGCCCAAGAAGAUUUCCCUCUACAAAGACUUUCCGGUGUCUCCCCCGCACAUUAUCUUUUUUCGACCGGUAUCCACACAAUAAUUGCCCAGAAUUAUCCCACGCAACUACACCUCAUCAAUCAGAUUCAAUUGAUCCUCAACAGUGCCGGUAUCGAAAAGGAAAUCAAUGUUCGACGGCAAUGGCCGAUUGCUUUGCACAAACAUUCAUCAACAUUC